AGGGAUCUUCAUAUGUGGAUGACAUUGAUCCAGAUAUCUCUUCUCCUGCAAAACUCAAAAACCAAUUGUACUCUCGCUAUUUUUUUCAUAAUAAACUCUGCAAUGGAACUCUCUGUAUUCUCUUACUACCAAUACAAGCUCAACCCUCUCUCUUCCAUUUCCAUCCUCCAAAGGAAGAAACAAACCAAUAGGAAUUUAAUUGUGCUGCGAUGCCGCUGUGUCUCAUUGUCUUCUUCCAAUGAAACUGCGAAACCAGAAUCUUUAUAUUUCAGGCCCGAGUCAAGGAGGGCAAUUCUCGGUUGUCUCCUCACAGCUGCUGCUGGGAUUUUUCUGUGUGAUGUGGCUGAGGCUGUUAGCACUAGUAGAAGAGCACUCAGAGCAUCAAAAAUACCCGAGAGUGAAUUCAAAACCCUCCCCAGUGGUCUCAAGUACUAUGAUGUGAAGGUUGGGGGUGGACUUGAGGCUGUGAAAGGAUCCCGGGUUGCAGUUCAUUAUGUUGCCAAAUGGAAGGGAAUCACUUUUAUGACUAGUCGACAAGGACUUGGUGUUGGAGGUGGAACGCCUUAUGGAUUUGAUGUGGGCCAAUCUGAGAGAGGAACUGUUCUUAAAGGAUUGGAUAUAGGUGUUCAAGGAAUGCGAGUAGGAGGUCAGCGGCUGCUAAUAGUUCCUCCUGAGCUUGCUUAUGGAAAAAAAGGAGUGCAGGAGAUCCCUCCAAAUGCAACAAUCGAGUUGGAUGUUGAGCUACUGUCCAUCAAACAAAGCCCAUUUGGAUCUCCUGUAAAAAUUGUUGAAGGCUAAUGCAGUUCAGUACUUCUUCUGCUUGAUGUUGGUUGUUGAUGAAAACUAAGGAGUUGAAGCUGAUUGCUUCACAGAAAAAGUGGACUGGUAUUUUUUCCAUCCCGUACUGUGUUGAUCCGAUUGCUUCAGGUCUUCGGUCCGAGAUACUAUUAUGCAAUGCUUGUUUUCAUUAACAUUAUAAGUGAUUAUUACUAUAAGCAUGUGUUGGAAGUACCAUAGUCAGUCCCUUAGAUUUCAUACUGUACUCUGUUCUAAAUCAUCCCUCAUUUGUGAAUUAUUGCUUUAUCCCUUUGUUAAAUAUUACUGUUGGAUGUCAGUUAUGAGUUACUGUUCUGUAAAACAUCAUAUUCACUCUGCUCUUUUUGUUAAUUUCAAAGAUAUCAAUGCAGAAAGUAUGCGGUACUGUAUUAUUUAAGUAUAAUGCAAGUCUACAUAAUGGCAUUCUGUAC